UUUAUUAUGAAAUAUAUGUUUAAUGGCAUUGUUUGAAGUUAAUAAAUACAUAUAACGAUGUCUAAUUUACGUAUAGUUGUUAAAAAAUCAAUUAAUAUAUUAAAUUUCUGUGGAAAUCAAAGAUGUUACAGCUUAUUUCCAACUCAUUAUAUUAAACCAAUAUAUAAUAAAGAAGAACAACAAAAUUUAUAUGCAUCAAAAGAAAUUAAAGAAAUAAUUCAUAAAUCUUUUAGACCAGCGGUUACUACAGAUUCAAGCUCAGAAUUUUAUGAUAAUACUGUAAAUCGCUUUAUAAAUUAUAUUAUGAGAAAAGGAAAAAAAGAGUUAGCUAGAAAAUUACUGCAAAAUACUUUUGAAACUAUUAAAGUAAUGCAAAUAAAGGAUUAUCAUAGGACUAAGUCUGAUGAUGAAAAAGAGGCUAUAGAAUUAGAUCCUAAAGUAAUUUUCAUUACGGCUAUUGAAAACGUUACACCAAUUUUAGAAUUAAAAAGACAUAGAAGAGGUGGUAUAAAUUAUAAAAUUCCUGUAGCAAUAAGUCCACACAGAGCUAAAUUUUUAGCAAUGAACUGGUUAAUACAAGCAGCAAAAACCAAAGAGAAAGAAGUACAUUUUCCUGAACAAUUAGCGAGAGAACUUAUAGAUGCUUUUAAUAAACGGGGUCGUGUUAUUAUGAAAAAACAUGAUUUGCAUAAAGAAUGUGAUGCUAAUCGUGCUUAUGCUCAUUUUAGGUGGAUGAAAAAAUAAAAUUAAAUAAAACAUUGCUCUUGUAAAAGAAAUAUAAUUAAAUAUUAUAACAUGUAUAUUA